GUAUUUUUGAUUUCUUGAUACACAAGUCGUGAUUUAUUCAUGAUACAGUGUUAAUUACUAUUUUAUACAUAAAUAUGUUGCAUUAUAAAAAUAAGGAAUAGAGAUUAGGAUUUUUUCUUGAAGCAACUUGCAACAUGUGUUAUCGUACAAAAGCUCCAACACAAUAUGGAUAUUCCAAAGAUUUCAAAUGACACUGAUUCACUUCACCCUCGUGCUGAGUUUGAGAAGAAAAAACACAAGAUAAAGCGUUUUGUCCAAUCACCUAAUUCUACUUUUAUAGGUGUCAAAUGUCAAGGUUGCUUUCAAAUAACAAUAAUUUUCAGUCACUCGCAAACCGUGGUUACAUGCCCCAUUUGCCAGCAAGUGCUAUGCCAAACAACUGGUGGUCGCGCAAAACUUAUUGACUAAUGCUCUUUUAGGAUUAAAGAGAAGGAUAUGUGGUCUUGGUUGAUACAUGCUAGAGCUGAUUUUAAGAUAUGCUAUUUUAAACUAGGUUUUUAA